GUAAAGUGAAACAAAACAAAACAAAAAACAAAAACACACAAAACUGCAGCUUAUUUUCUGUUUCUCAGCACGAAAGGGCCCUGGGCUCACUGAGGUCACAAACUCACUAUGAGCUGGACUUUGCUGCAGUCUGGGCUUUUAAGGUAGGGGAGAGAGCAUUGCCACAGUUUCUUGGCUCUUUUAAACUGCAGCUUUGUUGUUGUUGUUGUUGUUCGCUUGUACAAACAGGGAUGGUGUGGGCUCGAGGACCCUGGGCUUGCUGGUGUCACUAUCUCACUGUGAUGAUCAGACCUACCAGAGCCCUGAAGUCAGCAAAGCAAUUAUAGAAGAGUCAGAGCUAUUUGAGGAAUACAGCAGUAAAGCAGAAUUUCAGAGGAUAUCAGGCCUCGUGUGAAGAUACAUCUAUAUUAAACUGGGAAUCAUUGGCAGUGACAUUUGGACGUGAAAAUUUAGAAGAUUAAACAACUGUGAAGGUUGAUCAUGGAAAUCAAAGAGGAAGGAGCAUCAGAAGAAGGCCAGCACUUUCUCCCCGCACCUCAGGCGAAUGACACAGGGGACUUCCAGUUCACAAGUAUUCAGAAGACUCCAAAUGAACCACAGUUGGAAUUCAUCCUUGCAUGCAAGGAUCUUGUGGCUCCUGUUCGUGAUCGGAAGCUGAAUACGCUGGUGCAGAUCUCAGUAAUCCACCCCGCAGAGCAGAGUCUGACAAGAUACGCAAGCACGGAAAUCGUGGAGGGAACAAGAGACCCACUGUUUCUGACUGGUGUCACGUUCCCAUCCGAGUAUCCCAUCUAUGAGGAGACCAAAAUAAAGCUAACAGUCUAUGAUGUCAAGGAUAAGUCUCACGACACUGUUCGAACCAGUGUCCUACCUGAACACAAGGAUCCCCUGCCAGAGGUUGGGCGAAGUUUCCUGGGCUAUGCCAGUUUUAAAGUGGGGGAGCUACUGAAGUCCAAGGAGCAGCUGCUAGCCCUGAGCCUGAGAACUUCAGAUGGUGGUAAAGUUGUUGGCACCAUAGAAGUCAGUGUCGUGAAGAUGGGGGAGAUUGAGGAUGGGGAAGCCGACCACAUCACGACAGAUGUGCAGGGACAAAAGUGUGCACUGGUAUGUGAAUGUACAGCUCCAGAAAGUGUGAAUGGGAAAGAUAACUUACCUUUUUUGAAUGCAGUGUUAAAGAACCCAGUGUGUAAGUUAUAUAGAUUUCCUACAUCUGACAAUAAGUGGAUGCGAAUCCGGGAGCAGAUGUCAGAGAGCAUACUUUCUUUUCAUAUUCCUAAGGAAUUGAUUUCUCUUCACAUAAAAGAAGACUUGUGUAGAAACCAGGAGCUAAAGGAACUUGGCGAGCUUUCUCCACACUGGGACAAUCUACGGAAAAAUGUCCUUACUCACUGUGAUCAAAUGGUGAAUAUGUACCAAGAUAUUCUGACAGAACUUAGCAAGGAAACAGGGUCCUCUUUCAAGUCAAGCAGUAGCAAAGGAGAGAAAACAUUAGAAUUUGUUCCAGUAAAUCUACAUUUGCAAAGAAUGCAUGUACACAGCCCUGACUUGAAAGAUGCUCUCUACGAUGUCAUCACUGUGGGAGCCCCAGCUGCCCAUUUUCAGGGAUUUAAGAAUGGUGGUCUUCGGAAACUACUCCAUAGAUUUGAAAUGGAAAGAAGAAAUACCGGAUACCAGUUUAUUUACUAUUCACCUGAAAACACAGCCAAAGCAAAAGAAGUUCUCAGCAACAUCAAUCAACUACAACCUCUGAUAGCAACCCAUGCAGACCUCCUGCUUAAUUCUGCAAGCCAGCAUUCUCCAGACAGCCUGAAGAGUUCUUUAAAGAUGCUUUCAGAAAAAACAGAGCUUUUUGUACAUGCCUUCAAGGAUCAGCUGGUCAGAAGCGCUCUUUUAGCCCUCUACACGGCCAGGCCAGGAGGUGUCCUUAAGAAACCACCCUCUCCUAAGAACAGCACAGAGGAGAGCUGUCCCCAGGACCCUUCCCCACCGAUAAGAAGGCAGGACUCCAUACCACAUCAUUCAGACUAUGAUGAGGAAGAGUGGGAUAGGGUGUGGGCCAAUGUGGGGAAGAGCCUGAACUGCAUUAUUGCCAUGGUGGAUAAACUGAUUGAGAGAGAUGGCGGCGGUGAAAGCGGUGGUGACAGCAGCAAAGAUGGAGAAAAGGACCCUUCUCUAGUGGACUCCAUCAUAACUCAUCCAAGGGAGGACUGGUACGAGCAGUUGUACCCCCUGAUCCUCAGCCUGAAGGACUGCAUGGGGGAAGUGGUGAACCGAGCCAAGCAGUCCUUGACAUUCGUGCUCCUUCAGGAACUUGCGUACAGCUUGCCGCAGUGCUUGAUGCUGACUCUGAGAAGGGACAUCGUUUUCAGCCAGGCGCUUGCUGGAUUGGUUUGUGGUUUUAUCAUCAAACUGCAUACAAGUUUGCAUGAGCCCGGGUUCCUACAGCAGCUCCACACAGUGGGGUUGAUAGUGCAAUAUGAAGGCCUGCUCAGUACAUAUAGUGAUGAAAUCGGAAUGCUAGAGGACAUGGCGGUUGGCAUUUCAGAUUUGAAGAAAGUUGCAUUUAAAAUAAUUGAAGCCAAGUCCAAUGACGUCUUGCCAGUUAUAACAGGAAGGCGUGAGCAUUACGUGGUGGAGGUGAAGCUUCCAGCAAGAAUGUUUCAGGCACUGCCCCUGCAGAUAAAAGAAGGGCAGUUGCUUCGUGUGUGUCCAGUACUUUUUAAUGUCGGAAUCAAUGAACAACAAACUUUUGCUGAGAGGUUUGGAGAUGUCUCUUUGCAGGAAAGUAUUAAUCAGGAAAAUUUUGAACUUCUAAAAGAAUAUUACACAAUAUUUAUGGAAAAGAUGCCUCCUGAUUAUAUUUCACAUUUUCAAGAACAAAAUGAUUUAAAAGGAUUACUAGAGAAUCUCCAUCAAAAUAUCCAAGCCAAAAAAAGAAAGAAUGUAGAAAUCAUGUGGCUGGCUGCAACGAUUUGUCGCAAACUAAAUGGAAUUCGUUUCACCUGUUGCAAAAGUGCCAAAGACAGGACGUCCAUGUCGGUGACUCUUGAACAGUGCUCAAUCUUGAGGGAUGAGCACCAGCUGCACAAGGAUUUCUUUAUCCGAGCACUGGAUUGUAUGAGAAGAGAAGGAUGCCGCAUAGAGAAUGUUCUGAAGAAUAUCAAAUGCAGAAAGUAUGCUUUCAACAUGCUACAGCUGCUGGCUUUCCCCAAGUACUACCGACCUCCAGAGGGGACUUAUGGAAAAGCUGACACCUAACUUUACCAACAUAUAACGCCAGCAGGCCCAUUGCAAGAGAUCAAGCUUAAGUCAGCAACAGAACCAAGAAAAUGACAUUUCCACACAAGAUAAUUUAUUUUUGCUAAAAAUAUGUUUCCUCUCUAAUGGUAUCAAAUGUCAAUAUCAAUUCUGUAUUAGCUAUUUACAGGGUGCUGUAGAAAAUAUAUUUGAAAAAAGGGAAGGUGAAAUCCUGAUUGUGUUGACCCAGCGACGAAAAGCCCAGAGACUGAAACUGUUUCACAAGACAGCUGGACAUGAAAGUGUCAGAUAUUUGAUCGAAGCAGAGCCACAAUUGGCUGCAUUCAUUCAUUCAUUUCUCAUGUGGUUGAUUUUGCUUUUGUUUUUGUUUCUGUUUCUCUUGCAAAUAUCAUCUCAGAUUUUUGUCUACACCCUGGCAAAAUAAUUGUCUGAUAUUUGGUCAGUCCGAUCAUCCAUUGAGUCAGAGCAACCAUUUGAUCAUGCUGACAAAUUGUGCUAAAAUGACCACUCCCCUAAUUACAGCAGCGUACCACGUGACUAACCUCCAGUUCUUACAAGACUAACUCCUGUUUUUCUGAAAUACUUUGAAGUCUCAAAAGCUAGUAUCUAGAGGAAGGAUACUUUCCUUCCUCCACCCCUCAACUAAGUAUAGUAUUUUGCAUAAAAUAAGACUCACAAUGGAAAAGAAAAAGAUUUAAAUGGAGUAAUACUUAUCAACAAAUCAACAAAGUUCUCCUUAUGGAAAGUAUGGUACAUGUCAAGGAGAAAGGACCCCAGUGAUGUACUAGAACAUUUUGUAAGCCAGUUGUUAAAUACACCAUCAUUGAAUAUUAAAUUAUCAAAAGCAAUUGAAUAAAUCUUACUAAAAACAAAGAUAGUAAUCCAACUUACCACUUCCUAAUUGUUUUCCUUCAUUUUACUCCUUAUCUGUGCGUUUGAGAUUAUUUAUGUCAAUUGCAUGUACAAAGAGAAACACUGUAUUACCAUAUUCUACUGUGCAUCUCUUCCUGACUCCAUGCCUGGUAACAUCACGUGGAUAGCUUGAAAUUGACCACAACAGUAGGAUUUACACCACAGAAAUUACCAAAGCUACAAACUGGGACCUUUAAUUGCUGGAAAGCCAGUAGUUAAACAUUUACCAGCACACAACUGAACAUCACCGUCACUUCUUCUCCAGCAAAUAACAAAUAAUUGGAAGCGGUAUAAAGGUAUUCAUAUGGUAUUAAAUAUAAUCCCUCAUCUUCAGAUGGCUACCACUUUGUUUUGGUUUUUACCCUUUUUAAAAAAUGCUUAUUAGACUGUAAGUAAUAUUUGAUGUUUAUAUUUUAUUCAUAAUUAAAUUAUUUAAUCAUACAGAAGCAUUUAAAAAUGUAUCUCUCUUGAUGGUCUGCAAGGGAAAUCUUAGCAAUGCAGCUUUAGUGUAAGCAAUAACAAUAACUGUGGGCUAAAUUCAGGGAAAUGUUAGCCUAAUGAGAGUAUCACUGAAAAUGUGUUUGAGUACAAAUUUUUAAGGUUUAUAAUUUUAGCACUUGCUGAAAGCAGGAAAAACAGUGACAUGUUACUGUGUUCAGAUUCUAAUCCAUGUAGUUCGGUUGAAACCCAAGCUGUUAGGUUAAGCAAAGUGAGCUCUGGCAGUAUGCUAAAUACUGCAGAUGUUUCAGAUGUUUGCUUUCCAUACAGGGUGGUACAUCAAUCGUUUAAUUUGAUAUUCAGUACACCUUUUGUAAUCCUUAGGGAAUAAGUUAGCGUUUAUCACAGAUUUCAGAAACUGGCCUGAGAAAAACCGCAAUCAGCAGUUACAGAGGGCAGUGAGCAUGUUGAACACAAAGAAUCCCUGAUAGCUGGAAGCCUUACAAAUUAUGCACCAAAGAGAGUGAUUUGCUGAGUUGGGGGUCUGAUUGACCACUGUAGUGUGGCCUGACAUCCAUGCAAUGGAUGUUAAUGUUAAUCCUGCAAUCUGUGAAAGCUAUGCUUUUUUUCGCCAUAUUUAUAUGUUAUUGUUCUGUACAGAAAGUCCCAAUAUAUUAUAUCCUUUGUUUCUUUGGCAGUUUUAAGUUAGAACUUUCUACCCAAACAGAUGCUACCUGUAGCAAAACAAUCUUUAAGAACAGGAAAAUACAAUUAAUGUUUACAUAGAACAUCAUGGGCCAGUUAGAUUUAAAGUUAAGGUAUGGAAAUUUGGAUCUUUGCUUUCUGAGUCACAGUGAAAAUUAAUCAUUUUUGAAUUUUAUUUCUAAGCAAGUAAGAGAGUCGACAAGUAACAAGGAGAUGGGAGGAGGGGAAAAGUCAGGUAAUAUCAGCAAAACUCAGUUGUACAUGCAAUUAGCUGUCCUCAGCUUGAAUUCUUAUAGAUUAUAUAAAUAUUUUGAAUUACAAAUUUAAAAAAGAAAACAAGGCUCACAAUCAGGAUGUAGUACCCAGAGAGAGUGAAUAUCAAGAGAGGGAUGACCUAACAUGAGUGAUGUUGCCUGAUAAACUUAUCUUGUUUAACUUUUAGUAAACAGAGUUUGAUAAGUGAUGUUGCACUUUCCUACUCAUAACAUAAAUAUAUUUGCAAUCUUCCUAAAAUUAUGGAAAUUAUUCAAAGGUCAUAAAAGGGCACAAUCCAACAGUCCCUAUUUAAUGAUCGCUUGGUACGGUUUCAUUGUGUAGCAGGAAAUAUUGACUCACAUAUUGGCGAGAUUACCUUAUCAACCAUAGGGCCUUGCAAAGCUUUCAUAUCACUAUCAAUAUUAAAACGUAUUUCAUGUCAAAAGACUGUCAAGCUUUUCAAAAGCAGGCCCCAUUUGUCUGUGACUAGAUGGACAUCCCCAUUUCUCUGCACAAGUGCUGUCCUUUGUACACAUAUACUUCUCAUAUGAAUAUUUUAUUAUUUUGUUUAACCUAACAUCUAAUUUUCAGACUCUUGUGGUACUUUUAUGAAAUGUUGGCAUUUGUUUUCCUUUUAUGUUAAAUAUGUAUUGUAGAUGAGCCAAGAAUGUGUAUUCCUAGGAAAUGGGCACAGAUAGGUUAGAUCAUGUUAUAUUGACAUUAGAAGAAAUACCAUUUUAUUUUGUUGUUUUGUGUAAACCAUAUUCAUUGUACACUGUGUGUAUAUUUUUGUUUAAAUAAAUGUGAUUUUUAUUUUUUA